UCUGUGUCAGGUAAUUAUCCUAAGUAUCUAUAUCUUCUCCUCCAUGUCUGAUGAAUUCAGCACUUGAUUCUGGAGCUCGGAAAAUUUGUUAAAUUCAAAAUAAGUGAGAAACAAAGAGAAGCUAAAUCGAGAAAAUGGGGAGCCGUACGGCUGAUCUGGUGACCCAAGUUCAGGCAGCUCACAGCUUAGACCUCGACGCCUUGCGUCGUUAUGCAGCUGCUAAUAUUCCCGGGUUCCCUGUCUUCUCAUCGAACUUCUCCGUUUCUCAGUUUGGACAUGGGCAAUCGAACCCGACGUUUCUGAUGGAGGUUAGCUCGGGAGAAUCUGUGAAACGAUAUGUUUUGAGGAAGAAGCCUCCGGGGAAAUUGCUGGAGUCUGCUCAUGCUGUGGAGAGGGAAUUUCAGGUUCUUCGAGCAUUGGGUGAACAUACCCAAGUUCCAGUUCCUAGAGUUUUCUGUUUAUGUACAGAUCCUAGUGUGAUAGGAACUGCAUUUUACAUCAUGGAGUUCUUGGAAGGACGCAUAUUUCUGGACCCUAAGUUACCGGGGGUAGCACCUAAGAGGAGAAAAUUGAUAUAUCGAGCAACUGCGAUGGCAUUAGCUUCUCUGCACUCUGCUGAUAUUGAUGCCAUUGGUCUGGGAAAAUAUGGACGACGGGACAACUAUUGCAAAAGACAGAUAGAAAGGUGGUUCAAGCAAUACUUGGCUUCAACCAGUGAGGGUAAGCCCGAGAGAAAUCCGAAGAUGUUUGAACUGGUUGAUUGGUUACAGCAACACAUCCCUCCAGAAGAUUCAUCUGGAGUAACAGCAGGUCUAGUUCAUGGAGACUUUCGCAUUGAUAAUCUUGUAUUUCAUCCCAGUGAGGACCGAGUAAUUGGCAUUCUUGACUGGGAAUUGUCUACCCUUGGAAACCAAAUGUGUGAUGUUGCAUACAACUGUAUGCCUUAUAUUGUGAAUGUUCAGCUUGAGAACAAUCGUCUGGGUGACGGAUUUGAAGUGACUGGAAUUCCUGAAGGGAUUCCUUCACAGGCAGCGUAUCUGACAGAAUAUUGCUAUGCAUCUGGAAAACCAUGGCCAGUCGCAGAGUGGAAAUUCUAUGUUGCCUUUUCUUUGUUCCGGGGUGCAUCAAUCUACAUAGGAGUAUACAAUCGAUGGCUUAUGGGUAAUGCUUCAGGAGGUAAACGUGCUCAAAAUGCUGGAGCUCAAGCUAAUGCCCUUAUAGAUGCUGCACUGGCUUUUAUUGCACGAAAAACUGUGCUUCCUGAGCGCCUUUUAUCUGUUGGUCAAGAUGCGAAACAUGUCAGAAAUGAGAGUGAAGUUCAAGGCCUUUCUGAUGGGAGAGGGAGGUUUGUUCCCAAUGAGAAAGUUCUGGAGUUGAGAAACAGAUUGAUUAAGUUUAUGGAAGAUCAUAUUUAUCCCAUGGAAACUGAGUUCUACAAACUAGCACAUUCUACCUCACGUUGGACAGUUCACCCCGAGGAAGAGAGGUUGAAGGAAGUGGCGAAGAAAGAGGGUUUAUGGAAUUUGUGGAUACCUUUUGAUAGCGCCACUAGAGCAAGAGAACUACUCAGUAAUGAUUAUAAAAGUAUUGGCUCUGGCAAUUCAUCUGAUUGUUUACUUGGUGUGGGUCUCUCAAACCUUGAAUAUGCAUACCUUUGCGAGAUCAUGGGUCGUUCUAUUUGGGCUCCACAGGUGUUUAAUUGUGGUGCACCUGACACGGGAAAUAUGGAGGUGCUUCUGCGGUAUGGAAAUAAAGAACAACUAUGUGAAUGGCUGAUUCCAUUGCUUGAGGGUAAAAUCAGGUCAGGAUUUGCAAUGACAGAACCACAAGUUGCAUCCUCUGAUGCUACCAACAUUGAGUGUUCUAUUAAAAGACAUGGGGAUUCAUAUAUUAUAAAUGGGACCAAGUGGUGGACAAGUGGAGCUAUGGAUCCGAGAUGCAGGCUUCUUAUAGUCAUGGGAAAAACUGACUUCACUGCUCCUAAGCAUAAGCAGCAGUCCAUGAUCUUAGUGGAUAUCCAGACACCAGGAAUAAUCAUCAAGAGACCUCUCACAGUUUUUGGCUUUGAUGAUGCACCUCAUGGACAUGCAGAAAUUUUGUUUGAGAAUGUACACGUGCCAGCAAAAAAUAUUCUAUUGGGAGAAGGUCGUGGAUUUGAGAUUGCUCAGGGAAGACUUGGGCCAGGAAGAUUGCACCACUGCAUGAGACUGAUAGGUGCUGCAGAGUGUGGCAUGGAGCUAAUGGUUCGAAGGGCUCUUAACAGAAAAGCAUUUGGAAAGUUCAUUGCUCAGCAUGGUUCAUUUCUUUCAGAUAUGGCCCAGUGUCGAAUAGAGCUGGAAAGAACCAGAUUGCUGGUUCUGGAAGCAGCUGACCAACUUGAUCGGCUUGGGAACAAAAAGGCCCGGGGAACCAUUGCGAUGGCCAAGGUGGCAGCUCCAAACAUGGCACUGAAGGUGCUGGACAUGGCAAUGCAAGUGCAUGGUGGAGCUGGCUUAUCAUCUGACACUGUUCUAGCCCAUCUCUGGGCUACAGCAAGAACAUUGAGGAUUGCAGAUGGACCUGAUGAAGUUCACUUGGGCACCAUUGCCAAACUAGAAUUGCAAAGAGCCAAGCUAUGAAGAUUCAAGAAUAGAUUGUAACCGGGGAUGCUUGGGAGAUAAAAGUGAAUGCAUAAUUCAAAAUUCAUCUCCCUACUCAAUAGAACCAAACUUGAAAGGAGAGAGGACCCACCCUGUAAUAAAUCUCCUGUAAGAUGUGUCCUUGAGGACUACAAUACUUGGAAAUAAAGCUUUAAUAAGAAAAAUAUUGGAGUUUAUUAUUUUUA